AUGCUGCCCCGGAUUGUCUCUUCCCUGCUCCUCUUGGCCAGCGGCUGCAGCGCUACGGCGUCCUCCUACAAGGCCAGCUGCAAGUGCUUCCCCGGAGACUCGUGCUGGCCGUCUCAGAGGGAAUGGGCCCGCCUCAACAGCACUGUUGGAGGGCGGCUCAUUGCAACGGUUCCACUGGGAACUCCUUGCCACGACCCGCGCUACAACGCUGAAGAGUGUGCACACCUGCAGGAUGAAUGGCUCUAUUCGUCGAUCCAUAUCGAGUCUUCAUCCUCGGUGAUGGCUCCCAUCUUUGCCAAUCAGAGCUGUGAUCCAUUCCAGCCUAGAUCUAGGCCUUGUACCUUGGGCAACUAUGUCAGAUAUGCAGUCGACGCCAGAUCUCCCAAGGAUGUCGCUGCAGCUUUGAAGUUUGCGCAGGAUAAGAAUGUGCGCUUUGUGAUUCGAAACACUGGCCACGACUAUCUCGGCCGUUCCACAGGUGCUGGAGCCCUCGCUGUCUGGACCCAUAACCUCAAGGGCACCAAGGUCUUGAACUGGAAGGACAAGCAUUACACCGGCAAGGCCCUCAAGGUUGGGGCUGGUAUUCAGGGUCACGAGGCACUUGCUGCCGCCAAUGCUGCCGGCUUGGUCGUUGUCACUGGAGAGUGCCCUUCUGUUGGACUCGCCGGAGGCUAUGUUCAAGGAGGCGGCCAUUCGGCAUUAAGCACCAUUUUUGGUCUUGCAGCUGACAAUACCCUCGAGUUCGAAGUUGUGACUGCUCAGGGUAAGCUGAUCAAGGCUUCCAGAAAGGAGAACAGCGACUUGUACUGGGCUUUGAGUGGCGGCGGUGGAGGCAACUAUGGCGUUGUCGUGUCCCUGACUGUUCAAGCUCACCCCGAGGCCAAGGUCAGUGGCGCCAAGUUCCUCGUCACUCCUCCCAAGGACAAGCCGGAUCAGAUCUACGACAUCAUUGACGCUUUCCAUGCUGCUCUGCCUGAUAUCGUCGACUCUGGUGUCAUGAUCAUCUACUUCUUCUCUGACUCUUUCCUGCAGGUGCCAGCCAUGACCGCCUACAAGAAGUCGGAGGCUGAGGCCAGGAGGAUUCUCAAGCCGCUCGCCAAGUCUUUGGCUGCCCUGGGCGUUACGUUUGAGCCCACUUUUACGGAGUUCUCCAGCUACUAUGAGCAUUACGACCACUACUGGGGUCCCCUCCCUGCUGGCAACAUUCAAGUCGGCACACAGCUGUUUGGUGGACGUCUGUUGCCCCGUUCCAAACUCCCUGACUUCUCUCCUACUGCACGUCAGCUUGCUGAGAUGGGCGUCAUCUUCAUCGGAGUCGGACUCAACGUCUCCAAGUUUGGAGGCAAGAACGUCAACGCAGUGCUGCCCCAGUGGCGAGACUCUAUUGUUCAGGUCUCUCUCACUCUCCCCUGGGACUUCAACGCUCCUUGGGAGGACAUGCUUGAGACGCAGCAUAAGAUCACUUAUGAGGUCCAGCCUGUGAUCGAGGCUGCUACACCGGGGGCGGGAGCGUAUAUGAACGAAGCCGAUUUCCAGCAGCAGAAUUGGCAGGAAACCUUCUUCGGUGCUAACUACAACAAGCUGCUGAAGAUCAAGAACAAGUACGACCCUAAGGGUCUGCUGUAUGCCACAGCUGCCGUUGGCAGUGAGGCGUGGGAGGUCGCUGACAACGGCCGGAUGUGUAAGGCGAGACGGUGA